AUGACCUUUCAGAAUGCCAUCGCUACACAGAAAAUAACAGGAUGGUACCUGCCCUGGGCAUUCAUCUUACUUUGGAUGUCAGAGCAAAAUUUGGAGGAAGCUGACACCCACGAGAGACGUCUCGCAAGGCAGUCUCCUUUCCUCCGCACGCCGCAAGGCCCGCACGCCAAUAGGCCCCUUAUUGUGGCGCGAGGGACGCCUCGCCCUGCCACGCCAAUGGAGAGUAAUGAGUCUAAACCUCCUCGAUCUCUUACCUCCCCGCCAAUAGGAUCUAGCCACGCCGCGCACCAGCCCUCGCGCACCAGCCCUCGCCCCCUUCCGUACUCCCAACCUCCAGCCGUCCCGCCCUCGCCUCCCAUAUCAUCCCGAACUCUUCCUCAGACUCCUCCCAGCGAACAGACCCCAGCGGCCAUCUUACCUCUCCGUGAGGUGGCAAGACCUGAAGGACUGGUUGGCUUUCACGUCCCCUUCUCCCUCCAAGACUCAUCCGCCAUUGAAAAGCGGCUAGGGUCAUUCUCGGCUGACCCCACCCAAUACAUUAAGGAAUUCCAAUACCUUGCCCAAGCCUUCAGUCUCACAUGGUAUGAAAUCCAUGUAAUCCUCACCUCUACCCUCACCCCUGAGGAGAGGGAGCGCAUCCAGGCCGCAGCCAGGGAACAUGCAGACCAAACCCACAUGACCGCCCCCACUAUGCCUGUAGGGGCCGAUGCUGUCCCGGCGGCCGACCCCAAUUGGAACUACCAACAUGCAGGCAAUGGUCACCGCCGCCGGGACCAGAUCAUCCCGUGCCUACUAGCAGGCAUGAGGGCAACCUCAACCAAAUCAGUAAAUUUUAACAAACUUCAAGAAAUAAUACAGGACCCCAAUGAAAACCCCGCAGCCUUCCUUAGCCGGCUCACAGAGGCACUUACCCAGUAUACCAGACUAGACCCUACCACCCCCGCCGGGGCCACAGUAUUGGCCACCUACUUUAUUUCCCAAUCAGCCCCUGAUAUUCAAAAAAAACCUUAAAAAGGCUGAAGAUGGUCCUCAAACCCCUAUGGCCGACCUGGUAAAGAUGGCUUUUAAAGUGUUUAAUGGCCGAGAGGAAGCUCAAGAACAAAGGCGAUAGGCCCGUCUCCAACAAAACGUACAAUUACAGACCCAAGCCUUGGUAGCUGCCCUGAGGCCAGCCACAGUAAAGCCCUCUGGACCACAGCCCCCUCCGGGGCCAAGCUUUAAAUGUGGCCAAGAAGGCCAUUGGUCUCAUCAGUGUCCCCAUCCCAAAAAGCCUACCAGUCCAUGCCCAUUGUGCCAGCAAAUGGGCCAUUGGGAAUCCGAUUGUCCUAACCCAGGGGACGACAGACUAGCAACGCCCCCACGUGGCGAGGCUUCACCCCGAUUGGACUCUGCCUUCCAACUGCUGGAGAUGGAGGAUGACGACUGACGAGGCCCAGACUCAGUAACUCCGGUGACCCACGCUGAGCCCAGGGUAAAACUCCAGGUAGCGGUUUCCCAGGUUGCAUUUCACCAGAUGGUGGUCCGGCCAUAUUCCCGCAUUCCAACCUCAGACCCCACAUACCAUGACAUCGCCCUUACACCCACAGGAAGCAGCCAGAUCAGAUCCAUCGCCCAUUAUCAC